AUGUCUUCCAAAGUGACUUUGAAAAUAGUAGUUUUAGGGGACAGUUUUGUUGGGAAAACUUCUUUAAUCAAUCAAUUUAUCAACCGGAAGUAUUCGUGUGACUACAAAGCAACGAUUGGCGUUGAUUUAUCAACACGUCAAAUAUCAUUAGAGAAUCAAAUAGUGAAUUUGACUGUAUGGGAUCCAAGUGGAUCCGAGCGGUUUCGGUGUGUCUCUGAUUCGUUUUUUAGAGGAACUGAUGGGUGUGUUUUAGUGUGUUCUUUGACAUCGAGCGAGUCGUUAAAUUCAUUAGACCAGUGGAUCGAAGAUCUCACACGAUUCACUGGGAAAGAUAUCCCAUUUGUGGCCGUGGCAAACAAAGCCGACGUCGACGAAUUUGAGUGGCAAAUCACUCAGAACAAAUUCGAGGUGUGGGCUACUAUGAAGAAAUUCAAGUGUUUUUUGGUGUCAGCAAAAGACGCAACAAAUGUGGAAAACGCUUUUUUCGAGUUAGCUGAGUUGGCACUCAAAAACACCAAAUUUGCUCAACAGAUGCAACCGUUUGUUUGUAUAGUUAUUUGA